UGCAGCUUGAUUUAUCCGUCUACUCUUUUAUCCCUCAAUGGCUUCUCAAAUUCAAGAAGUGUUGGCCCUUUCGACCCUUUUCCUAUCCUUGCUUGUUACCCUGGUGAUGAUAAGGAAGAAUUUCAAAAAAACACCCACAACUACCAAUGUACUUCCAGGUCCAUGGAAGCUACCAAUCAUAGGAAAUAUGUUCCAACUCAUUACACCUACACCACAUCGAAAACUAAGAGACCUGGCCAUAACACAUGGACCCAUCAUGCAUCUGCAACUUGGUGAGAUCUUCACCGUCGUUGUUUCCUCAGCAGAGUAUGCUAGGGAGGUGAUGAAAACCCAUGAUAUUAUCUUUGCAUCAAGGCCUCAUCUUCUAGCAAGGGAUGUAUUAUCUUAUAACUGCACUGAUAUAGCCUUUUCACCUUAUGGUAAUUACUGGAGGCAGCUCCGGAAGAUCUCCGCCAUUGAGCUCUUAAGCACAAAACGGGUUAGAUCUCUUUGGCCAAUCAGAGAGAAAGAGAUCUCUACCCUCAUCAAAUUGAUUGCUUCAAAAGAAGGAUCAGAAAUCAAUCUCACUGGAGAAGUUUAUUCAACCAUCUAUACAUUCUUUUCAAAGGCUGCAUUUGGCAAGAAAUAUGCAGACCAAGAAGAGUUCAUAUUGGUGGUAAAACAACUUUACAAGAUUUCAGUUGGUUUCUACAUAGGAGACUAUUUCCCUUCAGCUAAAUGGCUUCAAAGCCUUUCUGGGAUGAGACCUAAGCUUGAGAAGUUGCAGCAGAUAAUAGACAAGAUAAUGGAAAAUAUCAUCAAUGACCAUAAGGAGGCAAGAUUAAGAGCUAAAGAAGCUUUGGUUGAAGAAGAGGGAGAUCUCAUUGAUGCUAUCUUAAAAUUUGGAGAGAGUGACAACAAUGGCUUGGGUUUUCAUUUAACUACAAAUAAUAUCAAAGCUAUACUCUUGGACUUCUUCAGUGCUGGGAGUGGAACUGCAAUUACUACUAUUAUUUGGGCAAUGACUGAGAUGAUGAAGGAUCCUACAGUAUUGAAGAAAACACAAAUUGAAGUGAGAGAGGUGUUUGAUAAGAGAGGAAAGAUUGAUGAAAGUGGUAUUGAGGAGCUCAAAUACUUUAAAGUAGUCAUCAAAGAGGUCCUCAGGCUACACCCUCCUGCUCCUCUUCUUCUUCCAAGGGAAUGUCAAGAAGCAUGUGAGAUUAAUGGAUUUAAUAUACCUGGUAAAAGCAGGGUCCUUGUUAAUGCUUGGGCAAUUGCAAGGGAUCCUAAAUAUUGGCCUGAACCGGAUAGGUUUUACCCUGAAAGGUUUAUCAGUAGCUCUAUUAACUUCAUAGGAAAUGAUUUUGAGUAUAUCCCAUUUGGUGCCGGAAAAAGAAUUUGUCCAGGCAUAAACUAUGGAAUGGCAAAUGUUGAGCAUGGUCUUGCAUACUUACUGUAUCAUUUUGAUUGGAGCCUACCCAAGGGAAUGAAAACUGAGGACUUAAACUUGACAGAAGAAUUUGGAGUUACUAUGUCAAGAAAAGAUGAUCUAUACUUGAUUCCCACAGUUGCUCGUCCUUUGCCAGCAGCAACUUAAAAAUGCAGUAUCGUCCAACAUGCACAACUUGAAAAGUGGUCCCUUGCUAUUUUGAUAUUUGCUGUCAUAAAGUUUAUCUCUACUAUUUUUAUUUUUAUAUUUGAUCUUCAUGUAUUGGUUCUUUUCUUUAUCCUAAAUAUCGGGGCUUCUUGUUUCAUUUUCUUUUGCUUGCUUGUAUCAUUUUCUUGUGAGCUUUUUACUCAAGUUGUGGCUUAAUAAUAUCAUCAUCAGAGGCGGACCUUCUUGAUGACA